UAAAUAAAACAGCUCAGCUUUUCAUUGCCAUUUCUCAAAAGAUGAAGAGACCAGCACAACUAGUGUUUGUUCCCGCCCCAGGCAUCGGCCACAUCGUAUCAACGGUCGAGAUGGCAAAGCAACUCGUUGCUCGGGACGACCAACUGUUUAUCACAGUCCUCGUCAUGAAGCUUCCCUACGACCAACCAUUCACCAACAAUGAUUCUUCAAUCUCUCACCGCAUCAACUUCGUCAACCUCCCCGAAGCCCAACUGGACAAACAAGACAUUGUCCCCAAUCCCGGGUCCUUCUUCAGAAUGUUCGUCGAAAAUCACAAAACUCACGUCAGAGACGCCGUUAUCAACUUACUCCCCGAGUCAGAUCAGUCUGAGUCGACGUCGAAGCCUCGGCUUGCCGGGUUCGUGCUCGACAUGUUUUCCGCAAGCCUAAUUGACGUGGCCAACGAAUUUGAGGUUCCCUCCUACAUGUUCUUCACCUCCAACUCGUCGACUCUCGCAUUUUUGUCCCAUUUUCAAUCGCUUCGUGACGAGGGCGGCAUAGAUAUAACUGAGUUGACGAGCUCAACCGCUGAGUUGGCCGUCCCGAGUUUCAUCAAUCCUUACCCUGCCGCAGUCUUGCCUGGUUCGUUUCUGGACAAGGAGAGCACCAAAUCAAACCUCAACAAUGUCAGCAGGUUCAAACAAACCAAGGGUAUUUUGGUAAAUACAUUCUUGGAGCUGGAAUCGCAUGCUCUUCGUUAUCUUGAUUCUGGUGUUAAAAUCCCACCCGUGUAUCCAGUGGGACCCUUAUUGAACCUCCAAAGUAGUCAUGAAGAUAAGGGCUCAGAUAUCUUGAGGUGGCUUGAUGAUCAGCCUCCUUUAUCGGUGGUGUUCCUGUGUUUUGGGAGCAUGGGAAGUUUCGGUGAGGCCCAGGUGAAAGAGAUAGCAUGCGCGCUAGAGCACAGCGGACAUCGGUUUUUGUGGUCCCUACGCCAGCCCCCACCUAAGGGCAAGAGAGCUAUACCAAGCGACUACACGGAUCUAGAGACAGUCUUGCCCGAAGGGUUUCUUGAUCGCACGGCUACGGUUGGGAAGGUGAUUGGUUGGGCCCCGCAAGCGGCCAUCCUAGGCCAUCCGGCAAUCGGAGGGUUUGUAUCACAUUGCGGGUGGAAUUCUACGUUGGAAAGUAUAUGGAAUGGCGUGCCGAUUGCCGCAUGGCCAAUGUACGCGGAGCAAAACUUGAAUGCCUUUCAACUGGUGGUGGAGUUGGGAUUGGCAGUGGAGAUUAAGAUGGAUUAUAGGAAGGACAGCGACGUGGUGGUGAGCGCAGAAGACAUAGAAAGAGGGAUAAGGCAAGUGAUGGAGCUUGACAGUGAUGUAAGGAAAAGAGUGAAGGAAAUGAGUGAAAAGAGCAAGAAAGCCUUGGUGGAUGGUGGUUCUUCUUACUCUUCACUAAGGCGUUUUAUUGAUCAAAUUUAAUUGGGUUGGGGGGUUUUAUAUUCUCCUCGCUUAUUUUCACGCUGUGUAAUUUGCAAGGUUUGUAUUGUAAGUUUUCCAUUAUAAUACAUAGUUCAACGUAUCAAAUCUCAAAAUCUUAUGGUGA